UUACCAACGCCUAAUAAUCGUACAUUAUUAACUAUAACUAAGUGCGUUAAUACUGCAGGCUACGCUAUCCUACUAAUAAUUAUUAUUAAAGGCGACGCACUCCUUAAGCGCUACUUUACUAAUUUACCUAACAACUAUCUUAUCGCGUAUAGCGAUAGUAGCUAUACAAACGAUUAA